GCCUGCGCCUCCUCCCUCCUCCCCCCUCCCUCGCCGGGGCGCCCCCUAACUCCGAAAUGGCGGCCACCGCCAGCACCGCCGCCGCCAUGGCCAUGGCCACCAUCUCCCCCACCACCCCCAUCCCAACCGCACCCUUCCCAUCCCUCCCUCUGGGCUUCCGCCUCCGCCCCCAACCGCUCCUCCUCUCCGCCUCCCGGCGCCUCCUCCUCCUCCCCGUCCCCAGGGCCUCCUCCUGGGACGAAUCCGCCCCCGAGGAGGAAGGCGAUGCGGAGGAGUCCGAGGAAUCCGCCGCCGCCGGGGACGAGGAGGACGAGGACGAGAAGCCGCGGCCGGAGCCGGUGUCCUCGGCCGAGUUCCAGUUCGCGGCGCCCCCCGAGGGGUACGUGGAGCCCGCGGCGUUCGACGAGCUCCCGCCGGAGUCCCCCGAGGACGUGGCCGCGGCGUACGAGUCGCUCUACGGGCCGGCAUUCAGCGGCGAGACCGUGCUGGGGAACAACGUCUUCGAGGUCAAGGUGGUCGACCCCAUCGACAUGGACCGGGAGCAGCGCCCCAACGACGACUUCAGCGAGCGCGUCGUGCAGGUCAACCGCGUCACCAAGGUCGUCAAGGGAGGGAGGCAGCUCUCCUACCGCGCCAUCGUCGUCGUGGGCGACAUGAAGGGGCACGUCGGCGUCGGCGUGGGCAAGGCCAAGGAGGUCACCGAGGCCAUCACCAAGGCUGCCAUGAACGGUCGCCGCAAUCUUGUCACAGUGCCGCUCACCAAGUACUGCACCUUCCCGCACAGAGCUGAUGCGGACUUUGGAGCAGCCAGAGUUAUGCUGAGGCCUGCUUGCCCUGGAUCUGGUGUCAUUGCUGGUGGAGCUGUGAGGGUCGUGCUGGAGAUGGCUGGGGUUGAAAAUGCUCUGGGGAAGCAGCUGCGGAGCAAGAACCCCCUGAACAAUGCGAGAGCUACCAUCAAGGCGACGCAGAUGAUGAGGCAGUUCAAAGACGUCUCAGAGGAGCGGGGGAUCCCAAUGGAGGAGCUAUGGAAAUGAUAGAAACAUUUUCAAACUGAAACCCCCUUUUGUAGCAUUCUCUCUCUUUUUUGCUGUAUUUUUCUUGAGUUCAUUUUCUGAUGUAUCUAUCUAUGGGAUAGGGAUAAUCCCGCCUCACGAUUUCGCUUCGCAAAUCUCUUCAGGAAUCUGUGAGUAGUACCAACAUUUACACGCAAGCUUCAGAGAUGAAA